AUGAAUGAAUCAUUAUCAAUAUCACAUUUGGAAAGAAAUUUCUUAAAAUAUGCUGAUGAUAGUAAUAAAGAAUCUAGCAAUAAUUUAAAGAAAUUGUCUGUAGUAAUAAACAGUCAAGAGAAGCUGAUUUGUGAUGAAAUUGCAUUGUUUCCUAAAUGUAAAAAUAUAUCAGGUUGUCACAAUACUUUUAAAAAAAAUAGUUUCAGACAUAAAUUAGAAAGUGAAUUUCUUAGUCUGAUUGCAACAAAUAAUAAAUUUGAUUACAAUAACAAGGAUUUAAAUGUAUAUAUGAUAAGUAGCUUGGGGCAUCGAGAUUGCUCCCAAAGUCUAAAUGAAUCUUCUUUAAUAUUGGAGAAAAAUGUACAUAACAAUGAACUACAUACAAAAGAAAGGAAAAAAAGUAAUAUAUUCACAGAUGAUGGAGAAAAUAUAAUACAGAAUUCACAUUUUUUUUCAAAUGAACUCUCAAAUAAAAAAAAAUGUUCUGAAGAUUUUCAAAGCAAUAAUAAUUGUUCUUCUAACAUUGAGUCACUUCUACAAGAUGGUACAAUGCUUUUAUCAGAUGGAGAAAUAAAAUACUCAACGAGUACCCCAUUUAAAAAAUAUAGUCUCAGAUCAGGUGCUAAAUUUAAUUCUUCAAAAUUAAAUUUGCAAGGAAGAAAUCUUCUUAAUUCUUCAUGUUGUUUUUCAAACCAGAAAGAACUAGAUAUUAUGCAAUCAGAAUCAGAAAACACGAGAUUGAAAUGUAAAGAAUUUUUCUUUACACCGACUGAUCAUGAAAUUGAGAAAAAACUUAGAAUGUCUUUCACCCCACUGACACCUUCUGAUUUAAUUAAACAGGGUAGAGAAGAAGAAAAAGAUCAAUGA